AUGCCUCAGAAGAAGCUAUCUGGCAUUGAGGUUGCUCAGCACAACACUCGAGGAAGUUGUUGGAUUAUCGUCCAUGGGAAUGUAUACGAUGUAACGGAUUUUCUUGAUGACCACCCUGGCGGAAGCAAGAUCAUCUUGAAAUAUGCCGGAAAGGAUGCCACCCAGGAAUAUGAUCCCAUUCACCCACCAGAUGCAAUUACAACGAAUCUGCCUCCGGAGAAACACUUGGGUCCUGUGGAGCCAGAUACUGUUGAAAAGGUGGAAAUUGUGAUCACAGACGACGAGAAGGCUCGACAAGAGCGCAUGUCGAACAGACCGCCUUUAGACGAAAUUCUUAACCUGCACGAUUUUGAGGCCAUUGCGAAGCAAGUGAUGACAGACAAGGCAUGGGCCUACUAUUCAUCCGCUGCAGACGACGAAAUCACGAACAGGGAAAAUCACGCUGCAUACCACAGAAUAUGGUUUCGUCCUAAAAUCUUAAUCGACGUAACCGAGGUCGACUGGUCAACAACGAUCUUAGGCCACAAAUCUAGUAUGCCAAUCUACAUUACUGCAACCGCCCUUGGGAAGCUCGGACAUCCAGAUGGUGAACUGACUCUGACAAGAGCAGCGGCCAAAAACGGAGUCAUACAGAUGAUACCCACACUCGCCUCUUGUUCAUUCGAUGAAAUCGUCAGCGCUGCUGAGCCGGGACAAGUGCAAUUCCUACAAUUAUAUGUGAACAAGGAUAGAGCCAUCACUCAAAGAAUUGUGCAGCAUGCGGAAGAGCAGGGGAUCAAAGGCCUCUUCAUCACAGUUGACGCACCUCAACUAGGACGCCGUGAAAAGGACAUGAGGAUGAAGUUCACGGACGAGGAUCCUUCAGAAGUCAAGCAAGCAGGGACCGGAAGCGUAGAUCGAUCUCAAGGAGCUGCCAGAGCCAUCAGUUCCUUUAUAGAUCCUGGUUUGAAAUGGGCGGACCUUGACUGGUUCAAGAGCAUCACGAAGAUGCCACUCAUCCUGAAGGGCGUGCAGAGAUGGGAAGAUGCACUAAAGGCGUACGAUCUUGGGCUGGCUGGUGUUGUCCUCUCAAACCACGGCGGUCGUCAAUUAGAUUUCGCUCGGUCUGGAAUUGAGGUCCUCGUCGAGGUGGUGUCAAAGUUCAAGGAGAUACGCGGGAUCACUUUCCCCAACGAAAAAUUCCAGCUAUUUGUGGAUGGUGGUGUGCGGAGAGCCACAGAUGUCCUAAAGGCAGUUGCUCUCGGCGCGACAGCAGUUGGUAUUGGACGUCCGUUUUUGUAUGCCUUCUCGGCUUACGGCACGGAGGGUGCCGAUAAAGCACUGAAGAUAUUGAAUGACGAAUUUGAGAUGAACAUGCGACUGCUCGGCGCUCCAACAAUCAAGGAUGUGACUCCCGAUAUGGUUGAUAUCUCCAAUAUUAGUUCCCAUAUAGCAGCAAUUCCCGGAGACAGGCUGUAUGACAGCAAUUACGAGAGUAUGCAACAUGCCAAAUUGAGGGAAGUCAAAUCAAAGAUGUGA